UAGUUUAUGAUCUAUUUGCUGUGCGUCUGGCAUGUAGAAUUAUAAAAUCAGAAGUUCAGUUGAUUUUUAUCAAUUUUUUUGAAAUAUUACAUUUAAACUAUACUUGUAUCCAUUAAAUUUUAUCAUUUUUUUAUUAAAAUAAUUAUAGUAGUUCGAAAGUGAUCAAAAUCGCACUAGUUAAUGAUGAAAAAAUGAUAUAAAUUCAUGGUGUCUGUGUUCCGACAUAAAUGUGAGAGAGGAAAGGAAGAGAUGUGUUGGUGGAUGAAUUACUACAAUUUGCUUAAUAGCUAAUAGACUCAAUUCUUUUCUUUUUUAAUUUAUUGCCUUCAAUCUUCUUGGCAAACAUGCUGCCAUAGAAUCGUAUCUGAAAAACCGAUACAAAUGGAUUAUGAAGAAAGAACCCAGAUGUGACAGCUAAGCGCGAAUUCCGGACCUUGCGCAUCAAAGUUCGGCGCUUUAAUCACAUCGUAAACCUGUGCAUCUAGACUUUAAAAAUAUUUCUGGUAUGCUUUUACGAUCUGUUCACGAUGUCCGCAUAUGCGACGAUACUGCCAUAUCUCAUCUUAGGAUUGUUAGGAUUUUCAUUAGGACACGAUGUCAAAGGUUCUUCAGUUUGUGAAUUUUAUAAUGAAACGAUGUGUGCAGAAUCUCAGCAAGAAUGUUCAGGAAGAGAAGAAUGUGGACCACAUGAUCCAGGCAAAAGAAAUCAUUGUUAUGUGCUGUGGCAAAUUGAUAAUGUGACUAAGAAGUCUAUAAUUAAAUUAAAGGGAUGUUUUUUAGAUAGUAAUGAUUGCUAUGAUAGACCACAUUGUAUUGAAAACAGUGCAGAAAGAAAAAAAGAAUUAUUUUUUUGUUGUUGCGAUGGUAAUAUGUGCAAUCAGAAUUUCACAUGGGAUCCUCAUCCAACUUCUUCUUCUAAACCUAUUCAGCCUUCUGAUAUUCAUGAUUCAGAACCUGUUCCAAAUACAGAACAACAAAUAAUAACACUUGUUUUGUCAAUAUCAAUACCCAUGCUCUUGCUUGCUAUUAUUUUGCCAUUUUUAUACUGGUGUUACCGACGUCGGAAGUCGGGAUAUUUCAACGAGGUUUGGAAGGCAUAUGUACCAACAUUAGAACCUCUUCCAUUACCACAACCAUCUCCUAAUUUGGGAUUGCGUCCAAUACAACUUCUUGAAAUAAAAGCUCGAGGUCGUUUUGGAGCUGUUUGGAAAGCACAAUUGAAAAAUGAGAUUGUUGCUGUUAAAGUGUUUCCAAUACAAGAUAAACAAUCUUGGCAAACUGAACAAGAAAUUUUCAAACUUGCCCACAUGGAUCAUGAAGAUAUAUUACGUUUUAUAGGCGUUGAAAAGAGAGGAGAUAAUUUACAAGCAGAAUUUUGGUUAAUUACUUCAUAUCAUGAAAAAGGUUCAUUAUGUGAUUAUUUGAAGGCAAAUGUUGUUACAUGGCCUGAGAUGUGUAGAAUAGCAGAAUCCAUGGCAAGAGGUUUGAUGCAUUUGCAUGAAGAAAUUCCAGCCAAUAAAGCAGAUGGGUACAAACCUGCUGUGGCUCAUAGAGAUUUCAAGUCAAAAAAUGUUUUACUUAAAGCUGAUAUGAGUGCUUGUAUAGCAGAUUUUGGUUUAGCAUUGAUAUUUCAUCCUGGCAAACCUUGUGGAGAUACACAUGGACAGGUUGGAACAAGAAGAUAUAUGGCCCCAGAAGUUUUAGAAGGAGCAAUUAAUUUUACAAGGGAUUCGUUUUUACGAAUUGAUAUGUAUGCCUGUGGACUGGUACUUUGGGAGUUAGCUUCACGAUGCACUGUGCAAGAUGGACCAAUAGGUGAAUAUAGAUUACCAUUUGAAGAUGAAGUAGGUCUUCAUCCUACUUUGGAAGAUAUGCAAGAAAGUGUUGUGCAUAAAAAAGAGAGGCCAAUCAUUUUAGAAACAUGGCGUAAACAUCCUGGACUUCAAUCAAUUUGUGAUACAAUGGAAGAAUGUUGGGAUCAUGAUGCUGAAGCACGUCUUUCAGCUUCUUGUGUAAUGGAAAGAGUUGCUACAUUGAGUAGGACGCUUGUUUUAAAUUCGUCGACAUUAAUACGAGUUGAUAAUACCAACGAGACUAUUACUACUAAGGAAUCUAGUAUGUAGUUGAUUUAUGUGUAUUAUAGUUUUAGUUAAAUUGCACAACCAUUUUCUGUAUCAUAAUUUUUGCGCAUACAUUAAUGAGGAAUGUUUAAAUAUCAGAUGAUAUUUUAAUAAUUAUUUUUUAUUUCAUUGUUUUUCUUUUUGUUGUUUAUGAGGAUCUCUUAUUAUGUUUUAAAAUAAUUUAAAUGGUAAUUAAUCAAAUUAUUUUCAUGAUUAGCUAAUAAAAUUUUAAAUAGAAAUAUUUUUAUUAACUUAAAAAUAAUUUUUUUAAAUUAUUGUUAUUUAUUAAACAUAAUUAUAGUCUCAAUAUACUUCAUCUUUGGGCUAUUUAUACAGAAUGUUAAUAUAUUUAUAGAACAUCUUAAAAAAUUUAUUCUAAAACAGACAAAAGUAUUCUUAAAAGAAACAAAAGUUAAUAUAUAAAAAUAUUUGAAGCUUAUUUAAAAGUUAUAAAAAGUUAAGUUUAAGUUCACAUUAAAUAAAAUGAGACGAAAAUAGAACUAUCUUGUUAUUUGAAGAGUGAAAUAACCGUCUCAUUUAAUGAAUAAAUUGCUUAUAACUUAAUAAAUAAGCUUUAAUUGGCUAUAUCAACUUUUGUGUUUUUAAUCUCUAGAAUCCUUCCAAAAAUAUUCUACAAAUAUAUUAAUACUAUGCAUAAAUCAUUCAUAUCAUUUAAAUUAUACAGUUAAUAUAAUUAAAUUAAAUACUAAUAAUUUUUUUAUAAAUUCAAAGUAUUAGUAAAUCAAUUAUUCAUUAAAUUUAAUUUUUUAUUGCAUGUUUAAAAUUAAGAUAAUUUAUGAUGAAAAACAGCUUAAUUAAACGUUCCUAGAUUUUUGAUUCUUAAAAAUAUUUACAUUUCAUUCAUAAAUCUCAGUUUAUUGAAAAAUACAAUGUAAUUAGAAAUAUUUCUUUAUAUAUACAAUAAUGAACAUAAAUAUUGAGAUUCUUAUUUUUUAUUUUCUGUUGAAAUAAUUAAAAUUUAUCAAAUAAUAUUAUAAUGAUAUUAUUAUUUUCUUUUUUUAAUUUAAAACAACCUCAUUCCUCAUUGAUGUCAGCAAUCGUGCAAUGAUUGAUCAGAAAUAACAAAAUGAAUUAAACACUAGCCAAGUGGACAUUCAAUGGAUAAUUUUUAUCCAUAAGUCUUAUCAUAUGUGAAUUGUUACAAAAAUAACUCAACAAUUUUAUACAAAGUACCUGGUAGAAACAGUCAAGUUAACUAAUUGGAAGCCAUGAGGAAUUUAUUAGGACUUUUUUA